AUGAUUUUCCCAGGCACUUCAAUUAUUUUGAUAAUUUCUUCAUUUUGUUUACUUCUUGGACCUUGCUCAGCUCAGUCAUCGCUCGGUUUGACGAUCGAUUCGGAUCAAUCUGCUCUUAUCGCCCUCAAAGCGGCUAUAAUUCCCGAACCAAAUGGAGUUUUAACGACGAAUUGGACAGAUAACACGUCGAUUUGUAACUGGAUCGGCGUCACAUGCAGCCCCCGUCAUAAUAGGGUCACAGCUUUGGACCUUCCCAAUAGGUCCCUUCUUGGUAUUCUCCCGCCUCAACUCGGUAAUCUUUCGUUCCUAAUCCGACUCAACAUUCAAAACAACAGCUUUUACGGGGACCUUCCAUUAGAACUCUCCCGCUUGCGACGGCUAAGAUUUGUUAGCCUCUAUUUGAAUAACUUCACCGGAUAUGUCCCCUCAUGGUUGGGAGACUUGCCUCAACUUCAAUAUUUGGAUGUUGGAAAUAAUAGUUACAUUGGCAGCCUUCCAAAUGGUCUAUUUCGUAACGGGUCGAUCUUGGAGACGUUGAGAAUGUCGUAUAAUUUCAUAGACGGCAAGAUUCCGCGUGAGAUUGGGAACUUAAAGAAACUUAAGGUUUUCGACGUGGAGAAUAAUCUCCUUGUUGGGGAGAUACCGUCGUCACUUUUUAAUAUUUCGUCGCUAAAUCUCAUUGCUUUUACCACAAAUAGGCUAUCGGGAGGGCUACCGGUGGACAUGUGCUCCAACCUUCCUAACCUUACACAAUUAUAUUUGUCUACCAAUGAGUUGUCCGGCGAAAUCUCUUCUACAAGUUUCCAAGGAUGUUCGAAACUCGAGAUUUUGUCUCUUGGAGACAACAAAUUUGAAGGGCUUAUACCGAUAGAAGUAGGGAACUUAACUAUGCUCAAGGAACUGUACCUUGGCAGCAAUAAUUGGCGAGGUGAUGUUCCAUAUGAAUUGGUUAAUCUUGUCAACUUGGAGAUUUUGGUUUUUCAAUACACCAAUGUCAACACUCUUUUGCCAUCUUUCGUCUUUAAUAUGUCUUCUUUAAAAUGGUUAUACCUGAAUGGAAAUGGUUAUAACGGAGUUCUACCAAGAGACUUAUGUUCUCAUCUUCCUAUUCUUGAAAUACUCUCUCUUUCCAACAAUAACUUAAUGGGAUCUAUUGCAAUCUCGAUACAAAAUUGUUCUUCUCUCAAUCAGAUUGAUCUAUCCCAGAACAAAUUUACAGGUAAAACUAGAGUAAUUCCGAAAGAAGUUGGUGAGUUAAGAAAAUUGAAGUUAUUAAACUUUCAAGACAAUCAACUUACUGGUUCCAUUCCUUCGUCCAUUUUCAACAUAUCGAGUUUACAAGCUCUUUCACUUUCUUUUAAUAAGCUUUCGGGAAAUUUGCCGUCAGAUUUGGGGCUUAACUUGCCAAAUAUUGGGUUACUUUUCAUUGGAGUGAAUAAUCUAAGUGGAAGAAUUCCCGAGUCCAUUUCCAAUGCUUCAAAUCUUUAUAACAUAGAUUUUGCCAACAAUUCAUUGAGUGGUCCAAUUCCUAACACCUUAGGAAAUUUGAGGUAUCUCCAAGUCCUAAACUUGUUGAUGAAUGAUUUGACGGGAUUGAGCUUCAUCACAUCCUUGGCCAAUUGCAAAUACUUAUCGACGUUAUGGGUACCUUCAAAUCCUCUAAAUGGUGUUCUUCCUCCGUCCAUUGGGAAUCUCUCCAAGUCUCUCUCACGUUUGGAGUUGAGUAAUUGUGGUAUUAGUGGAAGCAUUCCACAUGAAAUUGGAAAUUUGAUCAAUUUGCAUGACUUGGGUCUUAAUAACAAUCAUCUUACAGGAUCCAUUCCAAAGACGAUAAACACAUUGAAAAGGCUCCAACGAUUUAGUAUUCGUAGUAAUAGGUUACAAGGGCCUAUUUCGGAAGAAUUAUGUAGCUUAGGUGAUCAACUAGGUCUAUUAGAUUUAGGUGAUAAUGAAUUCUCGGAUCAAAUACCUACUUGUCUUGGACAACUUACCUCUCUAAGGCAACUUUCUUUGGAUUCCAAUAAGUUGAAUUCUAGCAUACCAACGAGUUUGUCGAGUUUGAGCAAUUUGUUGAAUCUCAACUUCUCUAGUAAUUCAUUCUCAGGGGAAAUCCCAAGCAACUUGAGAGCCCUGAAAAACUUGAUUACACUUUCAUUGGCACAAAAUGAUUUUCAAGGGUCUAUUCCCGAGUUCCUUGGCGAGUUAAUAGACUUACAAUACUUGGAUUUGUCUCAUAAUAACCUCAUUGGCGAAAUUCCAAAAUCGUUGGAAGCGCUUACUCAACUCAUUUACUUCAAUGUCUCGUUCAAUCAGUUAACCGGAGAAAUCCCAAAUGGAGGUCCUUUUAGUAACUUCACCGGUCAAUCUUUCAUGUCGAAUUCAAAAUUGUGUGGAUUACCACAAUUCCAAGUCCAACCAUGCCCAAUUAGCUCCCAUCGGUCGAGAAGGAAAACAUCGCGUAUUCUUUUGUAUGUUUUGGUAUCGAUAACUUCAUUAAUCAUAGCUACAACCUUCAUAGUUGUCUUCUUGAUACGUCGUGGAAGGAGGAUUGACGUAAUAUCAAAAGAGGAUGCGCCUUCCACCAAUGUGACUCAUAGGAGAAUUACUUAUAAUGAACUCUCCAAUGCAACAAAUUUGUUUAAUGAGUCCAACUUACUUGGAGUUGGGAGUUAUGGGGCAGUGUAUAAGGGGACUCUAAUAGAUGGGACGACUGUAGCCAUCAAGGUAUUCAACUUACAAGCCGAAGGCGGUUUCAAGAGUUUUGAAAAGGAAUGCGAAAUAUUGAGCCAACUUCGUCAUCGUAAUCUUACAAAAGUUAUCACUAGUUGUUCCAAUCAAGAUUUCAAGGCUUUGGUUCUUGAGUACAUGCCUAAUGGAAGCCUCGAGAAUUGGUUGCACAAUGACACAAAUUACCUUAGUUUCUUACAAAGGUUAGACAUAAUGAUAGAUGUCGCAUGUGCAUUGGAGUAUCUACAUCGCGGUUAUUCAGUACCGGUGGCUCACUGCGAUUUGAAGCCUAGCAACGUGCUUCUUGAUGAAGAUAUGGUGGCACACGUAUGCGAUUUUGGAAUCUCAAGGCUACUUGGAAUGGAAGAAAGUGUUGCUCAAACUAGGACACUUGGUACAUUUGGAUAUAUUGCGCCAGAAUAUGGUUUGGAUGGAUUGGUGUCUAUCCGAUGCGAUGUUUAUAGUUUUGGAAUCGUAUUAAUGGAAGUUUUCACGAUGAGGAAGCCAACCGAUGAUAUUUUCUCGGGGGAGAUGAGCUUAAGAAAGUGGGUGAAUGAUUCAUUCCCUCGUGGGAUAGUCGAGAUCAUAGACUCCAACUUGUUAAAGAUAGAGAAAGGGCUCGUGGAAAAUAAGAUCGAUUGUGCUACAUCGUUGAUGGAGUUGGCUUUGAAUUGCUCGGCCGAAUUGGCGGACGAGAGAAUAAACAUUAAAGAUGUUUGCACAACUUUGCAUGAGAUCAAGUCUAGAUUUAUUGCAUAAUGUUGAUUCCAUGUAAAUAUGUAUAAAGAACAUUAGUGUUAUAAUUGUAAUAGUGCCUAUCUAUAUAGUAUAUGUUAUUAGCUUA